CCUCGCCCAAGCCUGAACCCCCUCCUCUUUAAAUACCCCUCCCCCUCGCAUCCUUUCCCCUCACAGUCGCCGUCUGCCUAACCAUUCUCCCGACCUCCUCCCUUGCAGCUCCCGUAGCCUCCGGCGAGAAUCGACCAUGUCGGCCUACUGCGGCAAAUACAAGGACGAGCUCAUCAAGAACGCUGCCUACAUUGGCACCCCUGGCAAGGGUAUCCUUGCUGCUGAUGAGUCCACUGGCACCAUUGGCAAGCGCCUUUCCAGCAUCAAUGUUGAGAACAUCGAGGAGAAUCGCCGUGCCCUCCGUGAGCUCCUCUUCUGCUGCCCUGGUGCCCUCCAGUACAUCAGUGGUGUGAUCCUCUUUGAGGAGACCCUGUACCAGAAGACCAAGGAUGGCAAGCCUUUCGUCGAUGUCCUCAAGGAGGGUGGUGUCCUCCCCGGUAUCAAGGUGGACAAGGGUACCAUCGAGGUUGCUGGCACUGACAAGGAGACCACCACCCAGGGCCAUGAUGACCUUGGCAAGCGCUGUGCCAAGUACUACGAGGCUGGUGCCCGCUUUGCCAAGUGGCGUGCUGUCCUCAAGAUUGGCCCGAACGAGCCAUCGCAGCUUGCCAUUGAUCUGAACGCUCAGGGUCUGGCUCGUUAUGCCAUCAUCUGCCAGGAGAACGGUCUGGUGCCAAUUGUUGAGCCUGAGAUCCUUGUUGAUGGGCCUCAUGACAUUGAGCGCUGUGCUUAUGUCACGGAGGUGGUCCUUGCUGCCUGCUACAAGGCUCUCAACGAGCACCAUGUUCUCCUUGAGGGUACCCUCCUGAAGCCCAACAUGGUCACCCCUGGUUCUGACUCACAGAAGGUGACCCCUGAGGUCAUUGCUGAGUACACAGUCCGUACCCUUCAGAGGACCGUCCCUGCUGCUGUGCCCGCCGUUGUCUUCCUCUCUGGUGGACAGAGCGAGGAGCAGGCUACCCUGAACCUGAACGCUAUGAACAAGCUCAGCACCAAGAAGCCGUGGGCUCUGUCUUUCUCCUUCGGCCGUGCCCUUCAGGCUAGCACCCUCAAGGCCUGGGCUGGCAAGGUGGAGAACGUGGAGAAGGCAAGGGCGGCCUUCCUCGCCAGAUGCAAGGCCAACUCCGAGGCUACCCUCGGCACAUACAAGGGUGACGCCGCCGUCGGCGAGGGUGUCUCCGAGAGCCUCCACGUGAAGGACUACAAGUACUGAUCUGCCUCGGACAUCGCGCCUGCGACUAUUUAGGUUGCUGAGUGUGGUUUGCUCGUCAGAGCCCUAUCUUCGGACAUCAAACUUGCUUAAUAAUCAUGAAAUUAUGCUUCCUUUAUGGAUGACGGUUGGUUAUUUUUGUAUCCGUAUAUUAGUCUUUUUGGUAUUAAUCACCUGUAAUUUUGGUGCUGCCGAUGGUAAAUCGAGCAGCCACUUUUUGUUCUGUGGUCGUCUAUCUCUGCUGUAACCUUUCUAUAUGCUGAGGCCGGUGUUCUGUCGUUUUGCUUCGA